CUGGACCACUACAUACACCUUCGGCUGCCAAUUGCCAGACUACUCAAUGAACCCUGAAGCCCUGAGGAUGUUACGGUUCCUUUGGUGGACGGUGAUAAUCAAAAUGCUGGAAAUGUUCGAGACGGUGUUCUUCCUGCUGAGGAAGAAGAAGCACCAGGCGUCGUUUCUGCACGUGCAUCAUCACAUCAGCUCGCUGAUCUUGAUUUGGGCGGGCGUUAAGUAUGUUGGGGGCGGAAUAACAUCAUUCACACCAAUGGUCAACAACGCGGUACAUAUUAUCAUGUACACAUAUUACUUACUGUCGUCAGAAGGCAGUCCAGCUGUUAAGAAUGUUCUUAUGAAACACAAGAAAUGGAUUACGACCAUGCAGAUGAUACAAUUCACAGUGGUAUUGAUACAUGCAUCGCAAGUUUAUUUACCGAGCUGUGAUGCACCACUGGGUGUCUCAUGUCUUUACUUCCCAAAUGUUAUAUUUGUUUACUACAUGUUCUAUGAUUUCUUUAAAAAGAACUACACAGGUGGUCAAAAUGGUAAAAUUGUUAAUAACGGUAUGAAGAAGAAUUUAGAAAAGAGGCUUUUGUAAUAAUUGGUUCAAAAAUAUUUUAUAUGACUAAUGAAAAAUAAAUUAUCUGCCUAUUGCACAGAAUUUCAUAAUAUUUUCUAUAAAUUGAUGAUUGAUAUGGUUUUUAAGUGUAUAACAAUGAUAAUAUUGACCUUGCUUUGUGCAAACAAAUGUUCAUUGCCUUCUAUAUAUUCAAUAUAAACCUAAGUAAACUUAACCACUCGUAAGUCGUAAUAAAUAGCAGUGUAAGAAUUAUUUAUAUUGUGUUAUCUUAUAGCUCAUCCAAUAAAAAAUAAUAAUACAGGAAUAACAAACAAAGAAAUCAUUGAAUAUAUUGAAAGGCCAAUUGACUUAACCAUAAUUUUUUUUUUUUAAUUUAACUUGGUUAUAAAAAUAUAGAAAAAAGUUCUGAUUUUAAAUAUGUAUGAAAGUCAGUCUCGCAAAAAAAAUGUUGCUUAAGUCAAUUACCCAUUCAACAGUCUAUAUAAUUUCUGUUAAAAUGUCUAAUAAGAAUCAUAAAGGAUAAAUUGAAAAUUAUGUUUCUUAAAAGUAAUUACGUCAGUGGAACCUGUAUUAAAUAUCUACAAUCAGUCUGAUGUAACUAUACUGCAUAAGAGGUCAAAACAUAAUAUAUUUUGUGUCCAAAAAAUUAUUAUGUGAUUUUUUAAUGUACUUUGUGUGCCUGUAGUAAUAAGUUCAUUGGUUUUGCAAAAACUUAAAUCCAUUAUAAAAUAAACAGAGUCCAUUUAUUAUCAAUAAGUCAAUAACCAUAUCAUGCAUUUCAUAUCAACAUUGUAAAGUCUAAAUAGAUAAAUGUGAUCAACACAGUCUAUUGUGAUUUUUAUUCAAUGGAUUUUCAUAGACAGCC